CCAGGAUCAUGUCUGCCUCUGUCAUAGCUGUCUGUCAUGUCCGAAGGGCGGCUUCGCGACGGUUUCCAACUCGGCCACUGCAUUCCAUCCUUCCAUCGGGAAACAGCGACAGCAGCGAGUCCUUCACCCUCCCACAGAUACCAGGCGAACGCUUGGUGAGUACAGCAUUUCACUCUCUAGAGAUCGAUUUGCGCUCACUGUCCCUUGACCCCGACAGAGUUUGCGAGGAUGACAACAAUACAAACAGAGGACCAAGUGCGGCAGGACAAAGGCGUUUCCCUCAUGGGCACCUAUCUACUACAGGGCUGGGUCAUGACAGACAGCCCUUGUCCCUCCUCUGGAUGCAACCUGCCCGUGAUGCGAACAAGAGACCGCACUCGCAGUCUCUGUGUGCUAUGCAAUGAUCCCAAAGACCCUUAUCCCCCCGCCUCCGUGGAUGUCGCACCCACGGCACCAGUAGUGAUUGGACAACUGAACGCUGGUGAACUCUCCGGGCCAGCUCACCACUUUGAGGUGACCCCUGAGGAGGACGCAGAACUGGAGGCUUUCCUCAAGACUGAGAAAGACGCUGAAAUUUCAAGCCACGCGCCGACUACCGCUCGCAGCGAACGAGCGCAGAGAUCGGACCGUGCAAGCAAGUUGCUUGGUGAAAAGCUGCUGGCCGGGUGGAGCUUACUCGACGUUGUGUGCGACGAUUGCGGCGGCGUCCCGCUGAUGAGGAAUCACCAGAAGAAGAACGUCUGCGUAGGUUGCGGUGCUGGUUCUGGAAUCCCGACAACCACUACGCUGCCCUCCGCGAACGUGUCAACCUCGGUUCCUUCCAAAGUAGCCCCAUCCCCUACUCAUAUCGAGAAGACCCCACGUUUGGACGACGCGAUCCAGCGGGAUCUACCCGAAAGCAAGCGACGCAAGACGGACUCUGCCUCACCAUCUGCACGAUGCGACUAUGAACACAUAUCUAUCCAACUGGCCAAGACAUUGACAACCAUACGGAAGCGCAUGGAGGAUUUUAGACAGUCCAUAGAGAGCAGUGAGGAUGUUGAAGGCAUUAGAGCUCUGUGCGAAGGUAUCGAGAGCUGCGCGAAAGCUAUCAGUGCUCUGGAGAGUGCUAGAAAGGCAACGAACUGAGAUUGGCAAAGUCAGGACCUACCUGGUCCAUCUAAUUUGAAUACGUACAUACAUUGAACGAUCAGACCCGCUGCUUUUAUCAGUAGAUGUGUGUUAUUGCGAGGAGACAAGCAACACUCACU